ACGAGAUUAAAGUUUGCAUAUAAAUAAAGAAUAGAUUUGACACUCCAACUACUUCGCCACCCGCUACUGAAAUAAAAGAAUUUUCAUUACCUGUCGAAUAUAUACAGUGACUCAAAGUUGUCACAACAAGACUUGGCUGAUAUGGACUGAACGGUCUGCGCCAAACAGCGAGAAAGAAAAAAAAAAAAACAAACAGAUUGAUAAUGACAGCACCAAAACUCAGUCAGAGUGAAAAGCUUUCAAAGAAACUGUGCUCGUUUUGGCUUGUUUUUCGCUAGCUCUGAAUAAGUGUGUGCGUUACGUCGGAUUUUAAAAAGUUUUCAGCAAAAGAAAGUAGUGAGUGAAACACGACACAGAGCGCGGAUUUUCAAAACGAGACAGCUUCAUACGGUUCAUAUAUGAAUAGUUGUUUUUGUUAAAAUUGUAAUCAAAAGUGGUUGACGAAUGGUGAUUUAACAUAAUUUUUUAUGAACCGGUUUGUUUUAAAUUUAAUUUUGUCAACGUUAGACACACAAUUGAAUGUUUCGUGUGCUUACCGUCGCUAAAAAAUUCUGUACUUGUGUUUUAUCUGGUGAUGCACCAAUGAAGUAUCUUAAUGUUGCUGAGAAGAACGAUGCCGCGAAGAAUAUUGCCAAUUUGCUUUCUCGGGGCACAGCACGACGGCGCGAAGGAUUUUCCCCAUAUAACAAAAUCUACGAGUUCGAAUAUUCGAUACGCAACCAACAUGUUCAAAUGGUGAUGACCUCAGUAUCGGGGCACUUGCUAAACUAUGAAUUUUUACCGUCCUUUCGAGGCUGGCAUAGCUGUAACCCGGAACAAUUAUUUGACGCUCCGGUGCGAAAAGCGUGCAUAGAAGGUGGAGACAAAGUUAAACGGACUUUAGAACGUGAAAUACGUGGUUGUAAUACGUUAGUUAUAUGGACAGAUUGCGAUCGAGAGGGAGAAAACAUUGGAUUUGAAAUCAUUGAGGUAUGCAGAGCGAUUAAACCACAGAUUCGAGUAUUAAGAGCGAAAUUCUCUGAAAUUACAACGCCGUCUAUUAAACGUGCGGUGGAAAAUUUGGCGGAACCGGAUGAUCGUCAAAAUGAUGCUGUAAACGUGAGAAGCGAGCUGGAUUUACGCAUUGGGGCAGCUUUUACUCGGUUUCAAACAUUGCGCUUGCAAAAUGUGUUUCCGGAAAAGAUUGUCAACAAUUUAGUUUCAUACGGGAGCUGCCAGAUACCUACCUUGGGUUUUGUUGCCCAGCGAUACAAGGAAAUUGAGAGGUUUAUUCCCCAACCCUUCUGGAAACUGAAAUUGAAUCAUACAAUUAAUGAGCUUACAGUUGAGUUUCAUUGGGCUCGAAAUAGGCUCUUCGAUAAGCAAUGCUGUGAAGCAUAUUUGAUGGUUUGUCAAUCGGAAUCCAUGGUAAAGAUCAUCAGUGUGUCAAACAAACCGAAAAGUAAGUGGCGACCAACUCCGAUGGACACUAUCGAACUGGAGAAAUUGGGCUCGAGAAAGCUUAAAAUUAACGCUAAGCAAACGAUGACAAUAGCGGAGAAACUGUACACGCAAGGUAUCAUAAGUUAUCCCCGCACGGAAACGAAUAUGUUCACCAACGACAUAAAACUAACACCACUGGUCGAGAUGCAAGCUGAUAGCCCUGAAUGGGGUUCUUUCGCCCAAAAGGUUCUUCAAUGGGGCCCAAACCCGCGCAACGGAAAGAAAUCAGAUCAAGCUCAUCCACCUAUUCAUCCAACUAAAUUCGUAACUAACUUAAGCGGAGACGAACGAAAAGUAUAUGAAUUAAUUGUUCGACACUUUCUGGCAUGUGUGAGCAAAGAUGCAACUGGGUCUGAAACAAUUGUAACAGCUGUGCUAGCAGAAGAAGAAUUUACGGCUUCCGGCCUUUGUAUCCACGAGAGAAAUUAUUUGGAAGUGUAUCCAUACGAUCGAUGGAACUCAAAGGAAAUACAUCCCUAUCAGGUUGGAAAUACCUUCGAACCGACGGAACUUGAUCUGCACGAAGGAACAACGACGGCACCAAACAUGCUUACAGAAGCUGAUUUGAUUGCACUAAUGGAAAAACAUGGAAUUGGAACCGACGCUACCCAUGCCGACCACAUCAACACUAUUAAAGAGAGAGGAUAUAUAGGGGAAGCGGAUCGUGGAUUUUUGGUCCCCGGGACACUAGGAAUGGGCCUAGUGGAAGGAUACGAAUCUAUGGAACUUCCAUUGGCACAACCAGUACUUCGAGCGGGACUUGAAGCAGAUCUGAAGCUUAUAUGUGAAGGAAGAAAAGACCCCAAAGUGGUACUAGAGGAGCAGAUUCGAAAAUAUAAAGAGGCUUAUAGAGUUAUCACUGAAAAAGCUAGAGCACUGGAUCAAGCAAUGGGUCAACGAUUAAACCAAGCUCCGAGAGACGCACCAUCGAGUCUACCAGCCGGUUCGGGGUCUAUUCAAGAAAUGUGUCGAUGUCCAAAGUGUUCUCAAAUGUUAUGUUUAAGGACGAAAAAAGAUGGAAAUGGUUACUAUCUAGGUUGUUUGGGCUUUCCUGAUUGCAAAAACAGUGUCUGGUUUGAUGAUAACAUUAAAGAAGCCUCAGGAACAGAUGAAAUCUGUCAGAAAUGCGGCGGAACCAAUAAGAAAAUGUUGGUUAAGUUUAGGCAAACACGGUUCUAUGCAUUUCUCAAUCACACGAACAAUAUCUCGUAUAAAACUUGCAUUGUAUGUGACGACAAGUUCCGAGAUAUUCUCGGAAUCGACAUUAGUCUAGUAAAACAAUUCCGUUCGAAUGGAAUUAGAGCAAAUGUUCCUAUUCCAACACGUGGAACAGCGCCCUCUAGUGGUGAAAGGCAUAGCCAUGAACCUCCCAGUAACCGAUCCAAUGGACAUGGUGCUGAUAGAGGCGGUUGGGGUACUAACCUUAAUAAUCGGGAUGAUGAUGAUGAUGAUCGACGGGGCGGUGGUGGAGGAGCGAUUGCUACCGGUCGAUCAAACACAGCAACCACAGGCAGUGGUUGGGGAGGUAGUUGGAAUUCAUCCUCAAGUUCAUCAAAUGGCACGCAAAAUAGACGCAAUGAACCGACUCUGUUAAACAACACAACAUGGAACAGAAAUCCGCUUCCGAAUACGUCGCACAGUGCAUCUUUUAGAUCCACCAACGAGCAAGUUAUGUGCCGUUGUAAUCUACCAGCAAAAGAGUUAACCGUGAAAAAGGAAGGUCCAAACAAGGGACGUCCCUUUUUUGCUUGUUCUAAAGCCCAAAACGAGCAAUGUGGAUUUUUCCAGUGGGCAGACGAGAAUAAUGCCCCGCAGACUGGUGGGGUUGGUACUAACACAAAUUGGGGUAGUCAGAGUCGACCACCUCCAGCCGGCAAUAGUUCUUAUGGUGGCAGCAGUAACAGCACUUGGGGAAGGACACGUGAGAGUAGUAAUGUUGGGCGAGGUAGUAAAGGUAACGCGAGUAGAACUGGUGAGCAGGGCAAAGCGGCAAGAAAAUGCGGCUUUUGUCGACAAGAAGGUCACACUAAGGCGAAGUGUCCGCAGAGGGAAAGUAUGGAUUACUGAAAGUUGAAAACCAACAACAUGUUUAUGUUGAUGUACAGUUUAUAAUGUGUUUUAUUUUGUUGUACAUAAUAAAUACUGAUUAGGCUGGUAA